GUAGAACUAAUUUCUCAAAUAAUCGAUCCUCAUAUUUCAAAAAAGAUUGAAGAAUAUGUUAUAGAAGGAAUAUACAAUAUAAGGGAAAUGAAGCACCUCCUUCGUUUGACAGUAAAAGAUACUUUUGGAAAUGAAAAUCUUCCUCCUUCGAAUAGCAGAAGAUUCUAUCCCAACACUGCAAUCAUAAGAUCACAUAUAGUAAAAAUUAAAAACAAGUUACGGCAUUCCAUGAUUGACCAAGAAUGUCUUUUGAUAAAAUGUGAAGAAUGGAAAAAAUGUGGUCCGUCUGUCAAAGUGUUUCUUAGACCAAACUGUAGUGGCGAAGAUGGUGGUGAUAAAUGUUCAUUUUUAUUUGUUUAUCAGUCACAGUGGCAACAACACCUUCUCAUGCGCUAUGGAACUCUCUUCCUCUCUUCUUUUUAACUGUAAAAACUAGUUUUGACUACCAAAUAGUAGCCAGUUUUGUUAUUGAAUGUGAAACAAAACAAGCCAUCACAGAAGCGCUUCACAUAAUAAAAGAUUGGAACCCAUCCUUUCAACCUUCCUUUUGCAUGACUGAUUAUUGUACUGAAGAAAUGGAUUCAUUAGAAGCUGUUUUUCCAGGUUGCCGUGUUCUUAUAUGUGAUUUCCAUAGAGAGCAGGCAUGGCAUCGCUGGAUUGUCAAAAAAACAAACAACUGCUCAGAAUUUAAAGACUCAAUAAUUUCAAUGCUACGAAAUAUUGCAUGGGCACAAAAUGAAAAGAUGGCAGAUGCAGCAAUAGUUAAGCUAAAAUGUUCCAACUUUUGGUUGGACAACAAAUUUCAUAAAUUUAAGAAAUAUAUUACUAAUUAUUGGUUACAAAUUAAAGAAAAAUGGAUAUGGGGGUAUCGUAAGGAUCGAUUUUUAGUAAACCUUAAUACCAACAAUGGAAUUGAAAGGCAACAUGAAUCUUUUAAAUAUUCUUAUCUUCAAAGACAUAAAAGUUCAUUAAUUACUGGAAUGCUUACUCUUUUAAUAGAAGAGUUUUUUGCAGAUAAAUUUGAGAAAUAUUCAGAAUCUAAUUACAAAAUGGAUUGUCGAUUUAAACAAUACAAUUCUAAUGUACCUGAAUACUUGAUAAAUAGGCCACACCAUUUUAUUAAGCAUUGUUUAGCGAAGCAAAAUUUGGCUAACAACACUGAUCUAAAUAAAGUGCAAAUGAAAGAUCCUGGAGUAUUUGUAGUCAAUAGCUUUUCUAUUGCAAACAAAAAUUACCUUGUUAACUUUGGCGAUGAGAAGAACAUGCCAAAAUGUUCAUGUAAUGAUUGGUUUAAAUCUUCCUAUCUAUGCAAACACUUUUUUAUAAUUUUUAGAAAGUACCCACUAACAUGGGGAUGGGAGUCUAUAUCGUCUUUAUAUAGAAGUUCUCCAUUUUUAAAUAUUGACACAUUCACUAAUGAUUUUGUAUUAAGUAAAUCAAAUAUAAUCAAGUGUAACCAUGUGAAUCAUAAUAGUUUCAACUUAAUUAAUGACACUAUUUGCAGUACAACAACGAUAAAUCCAUACAAAGAUAGUACAAGAAAAAGAAGUUCUACAGCCUCUGAAGUCCGCGAAAUGCUAGCAACCAUAAAAAAUUUAACAUUUGAUUUUGAUGAAUCAUCAGAAGAACUAUCUGAUCUACAUGAAACACUUUCAAAUGUACUUAAAAAGCUUUAUCAAGCAAGAAAAAAAGAGAAAGGUCUACCAUUAAGCUCAGGUUAUGGUAUGCAUGAUUAUGUACACAAAAAACAAAAAAAUAUAGUUGAUUUACCUGUUGUUAAAAAAAAAUUGUAUUCCAAUCGUGUGGGUGAAAAAAAAGAAAAGUUGAUGGUAGCCUCUAUAAUAAAAAUUGAAAGUAAUUUUUAUGAAGCACCAGUGCAGGAAUCAAUUAUUACUGAAGAUCAAAUAACUGGUGAAGAAACUUUUCAAACAAAUUCUUUUACAAAUAAUUAUUUAGGAAAAUCAGUUUUAUUUGAAAGAAAUUAUUCUUUACUUUCACAAGAAGAUUUUGAAGACAUUUCGAAAAAUCGAAUGUUAUCUGAUACAGUUAUUAAAUGUUUUCAAGAUAUGUUAAAGAAAGCUAACCCUUAUGCAAAUGGACUUCAAGAUCCCAUAUUGGGACAAUUAUUAAAGUUUGAUGUUAUUGGUUCUUUACCAUUUAUACAAAUUAUAUAUAAUGGGGAUUACCAUUGGCUUGCCAUCAGUACAUAUGGUUGUUCAUAUGGUGAAAUAAAUGUGCUUGAUAGUAACUUUCAUGGGUGUUUAAGCCUUGAAACACAAAAACAAAUAUGUGCCCUUUUAAAGUACAAAAAAGAUGAGAUUACAGUAAAAGUGCUUUCAGUACAGCAACAAGAUGGUGGUAUUGAUUGUGGUUUGUUUUCAAUAGCCUUUAUUGAAUUUAUUUUAUCACAAAACAGGUAUCCUAUAGAAGAUAUUUGGUUUGAUCAAACAAAGUUAAGAAAUCAUGCCCUUUCCUGUUUAAUAAAUAAUUUAAUAACUCCUUUUCCACUUACAAAUAGUGCAAGCCGUAGAUGCUCUCCAAAGGAAUUUAAAUUAAAACUGUACUGUUCUUGCAGGAUGAUUUGGAUUCCAUCAGAUAGAACAAUAUGUGGAAGGUUUUGUAUUGCAUGUUUUAUGUUUGUUAUGGAGUGUACAUAUAAUGCCUGGCUAGUAAGUGACCGGGUCCCUGGCCCCGGCUAAAAACAGAGGUUUUUGCAAACCCGGCCCCGGCUAAACAAACAAUAUUUGCAGGGGUUACUAGCCGGGGCUAACAAAAAAAAAUCAACUAUUUUUUAGUAUUUAUCAAUUUCUUUACAUUUAAAUACUUCACGGCUGUUUCACUCAAUAUAAAAGCGAGCCUGACGUCACGAGUUUAUCAAAAAAAAAAAAGUAUU